AUGGCAGUGAACCAGAGCCACACCGAGAACCGCCAUGCCGCCAUCAUCCCUUUUGGCGAAAGUGAGACUCUGAAACCCAGUGCAGUGCUCAGUGUCUUGAAGCAAUGUUCAGAUGUGGACCUCUCCUUCCUACAGCAACCAGUGGGAUCCAAUCUCUUUGGUGGUACAAAGAGGGGAACAUUGUUUCUCACUUCAUACCGGGUGAUCUUUGUGACUUCACACUCAGUCAACGACCCCAUGUUUUCUUUUAUGAUGCCAUUUGAUCUGAUGAGUAACUGUACCGUUGAACAACCAGUCUUUGCCCCCAACUACAUUAAAGGAACCAUUCAGGCAGCUCCGGAUGGUGGCUGGGAAGGACAGGCUGUUUUUAAGUUAGCCUUCAGAAAAGGAGGUGCCAUUGAAUUUGCCCAGCUGCUGACGAAAGCUGCCUCUGCUGCUGCCAGAGGAAUGCCACUUGGAAAUGUAAAUUCCUGGUUCGGCCCUUCAGGACUGUAUGUUAUUACUGCGCCAGGGGGCAUGAUGUAUACCCAACAGACGCCUUGUCCAGUUGUGAUCUAUGGACCCCCACCAGCAGGAUAUGGAGCCCCGCCUGGGGGACAUGGAGCCCCACCUGUGAGAUAUGGACCCCCACCUGCCAGAUAUGGACCCCCACCAGGCGGAUAUAGACCCCCACCUGUGGGAUAUGGAGCCCUACCUGCAGGAUAUGGAGCCCCACCUGCAGGAUAUGGAGCCCCACCUGUGGAAUAUGGAGCCCCACCUGUGACAUAUGAAGCUUCACCUGCAGUAUAUGGAGCUCCCCCAGCUGGAAAUGAAGCCACACUUCCAGCAUAUGAAACUCCAUCCGCUGAAAAUAGAGCAGCUUCUCACAAAUCUAUGGCAGCUCAGCUUGAGGCUUCUCUUCCCUCUACCUCUUCUCAGGCCCAUUUACCACCUUCGAAGAAGUAA